AUGGAUGGUAAUUCAAGUAGUGGUAAUAAGAGUUAUAAGACUAUUGGUUCUAGUUCUGCUUCAUCUAGGCCUAGUCUUUUGGAUAGUACCAUGCCUCCCAUUGGUAAUGAUAAUGUUGAAUGUGUUGGGGUUGGAUCUACAACAACUAUUGGCCCUCAAAAUCCUAGUUCAGCUCUCCCACCAAAAUCUAAAAAAGUUGAGACUACAUCAUCAGUUUCGGAACAUUUUACUAAGUUACAGGAGGGUGAUCCAAAGGAUCCUAAAUCAAAAUGUGAUGGAUUUCAAGAGUUCAUGAAGAUAGUUGAACCUAGGUUUUUAAUCCCUUCCCGUUAUUCUAUAAUGAGGGAUUGUGUUAAGCUUUUUAUGUCUGAAAAUGAAAAGUUGAGGGCAGUGUUUUUGACAAUUGGUGCUCGUGUUUGUCUUACCACUGAUUGUGAGACAAUUGGGCAAAAGAUUGAGACAUGUAUGAUUCAGUGGGGUAUUAGUAACAUUUUCACUAUCACAGUUGAUAAUGCGUCUUCGAAUGAUACCGCUUUGGAUUACUUGAAGAAGAGAACUGCUCAUAAGGUUGGUGUCAUAUUAGAGAAUCAGUUUAUGCAUGUGAGAUGUUGUGCACACAUUUUAAAUCUAAUUGUGUCUGAGGGUUUAAAAGAGAUUGAUGAUUCAAUUCUGAAGGUUAGAAGUGCUGUGAAAUAUGUGAAGUCUUCUCCUUCAAGAUUUGAGAACUUUAAGACUUGUAUAGAAAGAGAAAAAAUUACUUUCAAGGGUUUGUUAUGUCUUGAUGUUCCAACUCGAUGGAACUCAACAUUUAAAAUGUUGGAAGGUGCUGAAAAAUGUCAAAGUGCUUUUGAAUUAAUGGAAGAGCACGAUGGAAAUUAUGUUUCUUCAUUGUCUGAUGAAAAGAGUGGUAAAAAAGGUUUGGGACCUCCUAAUUAUAAUGAUUGGGCUCGUAUUAGGAUUUUUCUCAAGUUUCUCAAACUUUUUUAUGAAGUUACAAUGCGACUUUCGGGGUCUUUGUAUGUCACAUGUAAUAUGUAUUUUCAAGAAAUUUGUGGCAUUCAAAUGCAUUUACAAGCUUAUAGUGAGAGUGGGGAUUAUAUAUUGAGUUCUAUGGCGGAGAAAAUGUUGAUGAAGUACAAUAAGUAUUGGGGGGAUCUUGAUAGGGUUAAUGUGUUGAUGUUUAUUGCUGUUAUACUUGAUCCACAAACCAAGUUGGGGUCAUUGGAAUAUUAG